AUGUACAAGAUGGUCAAUGAACCCAAGACCGGCACUACACAAUGGGCCAAUGAGCUCAUGAGAUGUUUUGGUGCGCCGGCAAGUUAUGUCGUCAAGGGUGGUGAACUCGUUCGCGUUUUUGCCGGAGGCGAUGAUGGCGAUGCCAACGAGGAAGAGGAUGAAGAAGAGGUCACAGAUGGUGAUGAGGAAGAGGAGGACGUCGGCCUUGGGCUGAGUCAGUUGCCCGGCCACGACGCCGAAGACGAUGAAGAUGAAGACGAUGAAGACGAAGAUGCUGGUGAGGGUGAUGAUGAAGAGGAGGAAGAAGAUGGUAUCCCGACGGAGGGUGAGGGUACGAGUGUUGAGGAGGGUGAUGUCGAUGAAAUCCUCGACUUCAGGCAGUACGGACCGGGUCGUGCCGUCAAGAACACGAUCCCUCGCUUUGCUUGGUUGCUGGUUCGCUGGGUCGACAAGUCGAGACCCGAAUCUUGGUUGGAUUCGGCUGCGCUUCAUGCGCCAGUGAAGAUUGCUGCCUUUUGGUCGGCAGAGGGUCUGAGACCAAAGUUUACUAUCGCGUUCACAAUCUUGGAAAUCAUGCGGUCAAGGGAUGUACAUAUGAACCAGCAUGUAGAAGAGGUAGACGUGGUCGACGUUCAACUGCUGUCUGAAUUUGAAGUGUGGGUUAGAGGUGAGAUGGAAAGAAUGGCAAUGGCGACGGACGCAGGUACAAGAACCGCAGAAGACGUGCAGCAGGUCAAGGUGGAUAGAAAGCUGGGUUUGCAUGUGUUGAACGGUGGACAUGUCACAGAGAACACGUCGGAUGUGGAUACGGAUGCAAUGAUGGCGGGUUUGCUGCGGAGGAGAAACUCGAGAAGGAGUGCUAGAGUCACUCGGCGUAACGAAGAAGCAGACGCAGGAGUGAUACAGGGCGUCAGCGAGGUGCACGAGUCACAGUUUAACAUGACUUAUAAUGAAGGCGUUUCUUGCUUACAAUUGAUACGAGAGGUCGAGAAGGAAGGCGAAUGUGAUAUGGCAACAGGAGUGCGCUUGGUUGUGUGUGUCCAUGUCAGUCAAAGUGCUGGAAAUACCAGGAAACAUGUUGAAGAGAGUCAAGUUCCAGCAAAGAGGGAGACAAAUGGUGGCAGAAGCGGUGCCGAAAGAGAGGAUGCAAUCACUGAAGAAGGUCAGAGCAGGCAGAAACAAGCCAGGACUGGGUGUGUGUGGGUGUACGUGGUCGAAUAG